AUGGCUCUGUUGAAAUGCUCAAUUAACACAAGGAUAGAAGAAAUAUGCAAUAUGCGACGCUUGAUAACCAAAGAGAGGCAGAAAUUGGAUGCUGAUAUUAAGGAAUUCGAACGCAACGAAGCAGAAUUUGAGGAAAGCGUCAACGAAAGCGAAAAAGCCUUAAUUUUGGCAAUCAUACGGGCCGAAAACCAAGCGAAAAAGCGGAUUGAAAAAACUGAGGAGUUUAGGCUUCUCAAUGCGCAGUAUUUGCAGUUGCAGGCGGAAAUAUGUCGAAAUGACAUAAAACUGCAUGAUUAUCGCGGUUAUCAGCGUUUUCUUGAAUCUUUAGUCAAAAUGAACGGUCAGAAAAAUGGGGAUGGGAAAAUACAGUCGAAGACGGAUCUCCGAAAAGAAGCGAAAAGCAUGGACACAAGCACUAAACGUUCUCCAGAUGAAAGGCAGGCUGACGUUUUAGGCACGGUGUUAAAAGCAGUGAUUAAAUUCCAAAGACAGUUACAAGUAAAACCACCAGAUACGUCCCCGUUGGAAAAACCGUCCGUUGAAGAUGGAGAAAGUUCCUCAGAAGAAAGUUUUAAUUUGAAUAAGUGCUUCAAGGAGUCCAGUGAACUUAUAGACCUACUAAAAGAUCUGGAGAUCUCCAACCUCUCACUCAUUCAAAACUGCCAAGACGCAGAGGAGACAAUUGAAUCCCUGAGAAGAAAAGAGGAAAUGCUUAAAACUGAAAGUGCCGAUGAGGUCAGAGAUCUAGUUGAGAAGAUGAAUCGACUGAAGGCGGUGGUGUUAAAGAAGGAUAAUGAAUUUAUGGAAGAGUUUGGUAAGGAAAUUGCAGUGGCACAAUUCGCCCAAAUCGAGGCCCACCUUGCCACUCUACUCACUUUAGUGACAGCGGCUGAAAGUGUUUCCGAAGCGCGCGUGGCAACAUUACGCCAUUCAGUACGAGUAACUCGACUCAAUGAGUUUCACCGCCAGCAGCGUGAGGCCGAGCGUAGGCGACAGGAGGGGAGGAAUCAGCGUAUCCUCCUAAGAGCUCAGGCACCACCACCACCUCCCGAAAUGAUGUUGAGGCUUACAGUAAAGGAAUCCGAGAGUAGAAUGGAGCAGAAAACAUAG